CACACACCUGCACACCUCUCUGAGGUCAAGAUUCAUCUGCACACACUGAUAAAGUAGGAUCCACACCUACAGUCCUUUCAGGUUGACAUCGUCAUGUUCCGCAGUGUGACAUCUGACCUGGUAGUACUUAUGUUGCCUGUGGUUCUGUUGGUGUUGAUAAUGCCCCUUUGUUGGAGCUUUCAAGCCCUGAGUCCUGGCUGCCAUCUCUACCCAUUUAAUGUGACCAUACGGACAGACAAACGUGGAACAUGUCGAGGAACCCAAAUAGUAUAUGCUUGUGUGGGCUACUGUGAGUCCAGCGCUUUCCCCUCCCGCUACUCUGUAUUGCUGGCAUCCAACUUUACUCACAACAUAACUUCUGCUUCCCGCUGCUGCACCAUUAGCAAGGAUACCAAGGUCAAAGUACGUCUGCACUGUCUGCAAGGCCGUCACCAUGAUGAUAUUGAGAUCUUGACUGCGCUUGCCUGUCAGUGCAACAUGUGUCACAAAUCCCGUUAUUGACACUCUACAUUAAAUGACUCAUGGUGUACUGUAGAGAUAAGAGCAGCGUGCAAUUAUAAAAAUAUGUAUAAAUUAACAGAAAUAAUGCUCUGAUUUUACCAUUUUCAGUCCACUUGUAAAAAUACUGUAAACUCAACAACUUAAAUACACAUAGACGACACAAAGUCUUCAUCUUUUAAGAAGAUUAAUUUUGAAACAAUGAGUGUAAUAGUGAGGGAGGCAGGAGUGAGUGUAUGAAAGUGGAGUCAAAGCACAAUGACCAAAAGACAACA